AGGGUUCAACUCGGUUAGCUUACAUCGAGUCCUCACAAAACUCUUCAAACCCUUUCUCUUUAUUUAGGUAGCCGCUUCUGAGAAAUCGAUCUUUCCCUUCGUCAUCCGUCAUGAAAUCGUUUUGAUUCAUUAAUCUAUAUAUCCGUUUCGUUGUUAUCACACUGAAAUCCUAAAAUCUGUGAUCCGAUCUUGAAAAACAUGGGGGAUUACAAUGAUGCGUUCAUGCGCAACAACAACGCCGCCGUUCAGGCUCGAACGAAGCAGCAGAACCGAGCUAAUCUCAUGCAAAUGAAGCUGAUUGGACAGAGUCAUCCAACAGGAUUGACUAAUAAUCUGUUAAAGCUUUUCGAACCACGACCUCCUCUGGAGUAUAAACCACCUCCUGAGAAGAGAAAAUGUCCACCAUACACAGGCAUGGCACAAUUUGUUAGCCACUUUGCUGAGCCCACUGAUCCUGAAUAUGCUCCACCAGUAGAAAAGGGUGAAACACCUGGCCAACGGAGGGCUAGGAUUCACCAGUUAAGACUAGAAGAGGGUGCAAGAAAGGCAGCUGAGGAGCUUGAGAAAUAUGAUCCAAACGGCGAUCCAAAUAUCUCUGGAGAUCCAUACAAGACAUUGUUUGUUGCUAGGCUUAACUAUGAGACAACAGAGAGCAGAAUUAAAAGGGAGUUUGAGGCAUAUGGGCCAAUCAAACGGGUUCGCUUGAUUGCUGAUAAAGAGACGAAUAAACCAAGAGGAUACGCUUUCAUUGAGUACAUGCAUACACGCGAUAUGAAAGCUGCAUAUAAACAAGCGGAUGGAAGGAAGCUUGAUAACAGAAGAGUGCUUGUGGAUGUUGAACGUGGAAGAACCGUUCCUAACUGGCGGCCACGUAGGCUUGGUGGUGGACUUGGGACCACCAGAGUUGGUGGUGAGGAAGUCAACCAGAAGAACUCCGGGAGAGAACAACAGCAAUCAGGAGGAGCUUCUCGAUCCGUAGAGCCACGAGCAACUGAAGAGCGAGGAGAUAGAGAGAGGGAGAAGUCGCGUGAGCGCGAAAGGGUGGUUAAGGAAAGAUCGCGCGAGCGUGAGCGCGAGCGGUCCCACGACAAGCCAAGAGAACGGGAACACCGCGACGACCGGCACCGCGACCGUGACCGUGACCGUGAUCGAACCGGUCGUGACCGUGACCGGCACCGUGACCGCGACCGCGACCGGGGGGACCGUGAGCGCGACCGUAGCAGUCGUCACCGUGAAAAGGAUCGGGAGAAAGAUUAUGAGGUGGGGGAUGUUGAGGCGUUGGAUCGUGAUCGUGGGAGGUCGCGUGAUAAGGAUUAUGAGUAUGAUCGCAGUGAAAGACAUGAGAGAGAUAAACAUGGAGGAGGGGAUAAUGUUAGGGGGAAAAGCUAUGAUGAUCGUGAUCGUGGGGAUAUGGAGGAGUGGUAUGAGCAUGGUGAGCAUGGGAAUAGUAAGCGUGUGGAUGCGGACCGUGAUAUGGGAGGUGUUGGUGGUGGACGGUAUGAUUAUUAUGAUGAGGAGCGGUAUGAACAUCAGGAUCAUGAUCGGUAUGAUCAGAUGGAGGAUGAUGUGUAUGAGCCAGGAAAGGUGGAACCGCGUGAUAAGGAUCGUGAACGUGAGUAUAGGCGAUCCGAUAGGUCGCUUUCUCGGGACUAUGAGUAUUGAAUUACUGAGAGCAUAAGGUGCAUGCACGUAUGUGUUUUGUUUUUGUUUUUGUGUGUUGUUAUGGACCCUUGGAUUUAACUUUUGUGGGUGGUAUUGGAUUGUUUUUUUUUUAUAAGUUGUAAUAUCAAGUUUAUUAGACUAUGCGUGCCUCGUGAUUUGUUUUUAAGUUUUCAUGAAAUGGAGACUGCCUUGUGCUCUUGUGUUG